AUGGACCACACGAGAAAAUCACCGAGUUCAUCGAAAACAUCUAAACUAUACGAUGUACCUAUUGAGUGGAUAUUAAGUAUCGGUAAUCGGAAUGCCGAAGAGCAAAAUGAUGGUGCGAUUGAGAUUCCGCCCCACAUGCUAAUUAGCGAUUCGGGAGAUUCCUUUCGAGAGCUAAUCCAGUUUGUUUAUCCAGAUCUAUUGAGUAGGAUUUCUGAUCCGAGUUAUUUUAAGGGGAGGCUCAUUCUUGCACCGACUAAUGAAAGCGUCGACUAUCUGAACAUUUUUUUAUUGUCUCUUUUACCUGGGGAAGAGAAGACAUGUUUGAGCGCGGAUAGUAUAUGCAAGGAUGAAUUGAAUUCGGAAAUGAAUGAAGAAAUUUAUCCGGUCGAAUUCCUCAAUACAUUAUCUGCUCAGGACUCCCUCCUCAUAACAUGA